AUGGGACAACUCAUCACGGUAGAUUUCUUCCGGCUGUGGGCCCACCGUCUGCUUACGUGGCAAAAUCUACCGACUCCCCAUCGAGUUCCACGUCACUACAUCCAGAAGAGAAAAAGUAGAUGCAAUGAUGCUAGAACCAAACUGAAUUUUAAGAGACAAAAAAACAGACACCGCCGCGACACAAACACACGCCGAACAGACUGUAUUCACCGUCGUGGGUGCGUACUGCCGGAGAUGGAGAAAUCCAAAUCCGAACCUAGGGACCUCGAUUCGUCUCUCCUCAAACUCUUGCAAGAUCACCAAAAGAACUCUCUCAGGCUCCGCGAGAACACAGAGAAAGCGAAGAAGGACGCGAUCAGAAACGCGGUGCGUGUAUCCGAUCUGUUGGUGGAUGCCGUGAAUGGAGGAGUGCAAGAGUGCUUCUUAAACGAGAAGCGAAUCGAGAUGGAAAUUCGAGCUUUGACUUCCACAAUCACUCGAUUCAUGAGGCAGACGGAUCAGUGGCUCGCUGCUUCCCAUGCCAUCAACACUGCCAUUAAGGUUAUUUUUCUCAUGAACAGAGUUUUACAUAGUAGAUAUACGUACAUUUCAAUUAUGAGCUGAUUAUUGUAUCAUUCUAUUAGUUUAAUUUUUGUUAGACGAAGAACUUACAUGGUUGUUUUUGCCAUUUAGGUUAUAUCUCUCAUGAAGAGAGUUUUGGUCAUGUAAGCGUCCUCUUUAUGGUACUUUCAAACAUAAAAUUUGAGAUAAAUUGAAAAUGAUUUCAGGCUUCAAACAGACAAAUUAAGUUUUUAAUACAAUUGGUAUUAGAGUCUGGUUCUUGGUUUCACUCUUGGAGGGUACAAUCUAGCGAUCGGGUCAGAUUAAAAUUAUGGCAGAUGAGUAAACCCGGCCAAGGAGAAAGAAAAAGCACAUGCACGGGCCAAAUUUUAAGAUAAAAAAGGCAUAACUUAGUCCCAAAUCGAGAAUCCAAGGUUCUUUUAGACACAUUUCUUAGGUAAUGUAGAUUCUUGUAGCCAUUGUGUUUGCAUUCUGGAAAUGAAGUAGAGAACAGAGGUUUUUCUGUUCUUCCCAGCUUUUUCCCUCGAUUGUAGAACACAUGGUGGGAGGACUUGUGAUGAAUGGUUGAAUGUGUAUUUUAUUGAAUAUUACACCCCUAUAUAUAUAAACUAUCUAUAAUAGAAACAGAACUGAAUCAUUAUUACAUUAAUUACAUUAUGUAUUUUACCCUAAUGUCCUUUAACCUAAUUGUAUAAUCUUGUUAACAUUCUCUCUCUAAGGCAGAGAAUAUAUAUUUUUUAUCGUCAACUUGCCAAUGAUAGUCUAGAAUGUUGGAUUGGUCAGGUAUUUAGUUAACGUAUAUGCAAGCUGUGAGCUGGUUGACAAAUAUGGAGUACAUAUUAAGUCACUACUAGCUUUUCUUUUAUGAAAUAUUUGUCAAUUUCAAUAUAUUUGAUUAUGUCAUGUUGCAUUGGAUUAUGGGCGAUGCUUUUAGCCGAUUUACUGUUACAAUAUAAGCGCACAGAGUUGUCCCGCUUGAUUUUCAAAUAUUCUAAGGUUCUUUUUGGGUAUAGUAACUCACAUAUUCCUUGAGUCAUUGCUUAGAAUUCUGAUUUUGCACUCGACCUUAUAAUUAUGUAUGUUUCUUACUCCUCUAUAUAAUUAGGUUACUCCCAAGGAAAGUACAAAAACCUGUGGUAAAUCUUUUGUCUACCAUUGACCUUGUGUAGUCUGCAUCUAUAUAGCCUUUUAAAGCAACUUGUCAUUCUUUUUUAAAUAUGAUUUUUUUUGCAGAUGACCCUUUUAGGUAAUACAACACUCUAUAGGCUAUUUGUAAGUAUAUUUCUUUAAAUAUGAAUUGACUUAUAACAGUUACCACAUAGGCGAUGUUGGGUCUUGUAUGUGACAGAUAUAUUUGUCUUCCAACUAAUCUCUAAUAUAUCUCCUUAUUUACUGGUUUAUCCUCUUCUAUCAAUCCUAGUUUAUGAUUGAGAUUGAUAGGGAUAUUUGUUGGUUUACAUGUUAGUCACAAGGAAAUAGGUGGGUCUCAUUCCCUUGGCUAUAUUUUGAGUAAUGUGGAAAGAAAGAAACAAGAGAGCUUUUGAAGGGGUGGGAGAUGAGUUUGAGAGGAUUAGAGAUAGAUGGUUACAUACCAUUGGCUUUUUGGUUAUAGGUGAUACUCUUUAUUCUAUGGAGGGCCUUAGGAAUCUUAUUGAUAUCUUGAUUGACAUAUAAGUACUUUUGUACAUGAAUUGGCAUCCCAUUAGUGCUUGUAAAUUGGUGAUACAUACGAUACUUUUUAUUUUUUUAAAGAAAAAAAAAAAAAGACACCUUAUAAGCGCAAACAUGAAGAAGAUGAUUGUUUUGAUUGUUUUAUCAUAUGUGGAUGAUCUUCUUGUGACUUGAAACGAAACAGAAUUAGUGGACAGAUUUAAGAAAAAAA